CAGCAUAGCUCAGGCACUUGCAACCAGCUCGAAAGAAAAUGGCAGCUGUUUGGGGGAAAGAAGGCUGUGCUCCGCGUCUUUGUCUUGGAACAGAACCUUCAAGUACAAUGGCGACACCGCGACUAGCUCGCAACGUCUGCUAGAUGCAAGCCUGCUCCACCAACCAAGCGACAACCUUUCCGAGUUACAAAGCCACACGCCACCCCAAGUGCUCAAAGACUUGAUGAAUGCUGAGGACCCGGGCCAUUGCACCUUUUUCAACCCAAGAGUGAAACUCAAUUUACCGCGGACAACAACAAGAUGGAGUGUAGAACAAGAGCGCGAAUUGACAAAUCCCCGCAAAGACCAACCCGAUUGGUGACCCAGACCUGGGUAAGGUUGCAGAGCUACAGGGACAUUGGCUGGAAGAUUUUCAAUUGAGAAGUUCAGGGUUGAUUCGUGGGACUGGCAAAAAUGGAACAACAAAGACCUGGAGGUGCGCGGGAUUGAGGACGACGCGCAGAGAGAAUCAAACCUACAGCUAUUCCUUUGCAUGAAGCUGCAAUGGACGCCAUUCAUGAAUGGUCGCCGGAUCGUCUCAGCAAAGCCACUGGAAACAAAUUUGUUUGUAUCAGGUCUGCAGAUGCGAUAUGCGAUUUGCGAGACUACAAGGAAGGCGUUUGAAGAUGCUAAAAGAUGGCUCAAGGGCUCUAAUGAAUGCACAAAGUUGGUUAUUGUUGUUGAUGUCAAAAAAAGGAUAUCAAGAGAAAGAACCGCUGAAACAACAGACUGGGGCCUUUCUAAGGAUGUACUUGGCCGGCUCAACUCGUUUGAUCUCACCGAACAUAUCCUACAGUGGCAUAAGGAUAACAAAUGUUCGCUAGUUGGAAGCUUCCAAGCAUGUUUCUACCUCUACUCUCGAAACCAAUAGCCGCAACAAGUGUGGAUAUGCGAAUUCUCCCCAGAUGAGCUUGAGCCAGGAUGUUUCAUAUGUGAAAGAAGCGGGGAUGUUUAUAUCACACAAAACGAGCUUAUACUUGAGCUGGAGGAAUCCGACUAUUUCCCGCUACUUCUCCAGGAGUUAUCACCCAAAACGCGAGAGCGUCUGAUCAAUCAUGAUUUCAAAAGAGCAUCUGAUGAAGCUUGGGAGAACCUGAAGGAGAUGGGGAAGAUACCCGGUCAAAAGAACACCAAUCACUGCACUUGUACAACCUGUGAAAGAACAAUCAGGUGUCUAAGUCAUAUGAGUUCACCAACAGGCAGGCCGUCGCCGCUCGAGAUAGCAUAGUUUUCCUUCCAGCUCCCAUGCAGCAAAGAGUCUUCGUUCUCACGUGGUUAUCGGAUAUAAAUCGCUCAAGCGCCAUGAUUGUCUUGCCUGAGAUUGAUCCCGUGUUUUGCUUGUCUGUUUAUGAGAGAUCGAGUGUUAUCCCCUUCAAAUAGAAUAUCUAGCUCAAAUCUAUCUGGUAAGGUG